UAGAUACAAUUAUUGGUUCUUCAUAGAAUUUACUUCCCUAGGUACUAUAUGUGAUUAUAAUACCUCUUUUCGUGUUUCUAAGAAUCAACUGAUCUAGUUCACCAGACUCGAAAACCAUUGCCCUUAUCACACUCAUGAUGUUUGAUCUCUAUUUAACACGUACGAGUAUCGAAGUGUGGCUUCUGGUACUUCUCUCGUUAGGGUCUCUCCUGUUACUCACGAAAACCCUCUAUAACCUGUUCUUCCACCCCCUAUCUCACGUUCCAGGUCCAUUCUGGAGUCGAAUAAGCGGGCUUCCUGCGUGGUACCAUACGUGCCGCGGUAACCGCCAUAUCUGGCUAUGGCAGCAAUUCCAAAUUUACGGCGAUAGAGUUCGCGUCGACCCUCACACGGUGUUGUUUUGCGAUUCUCAAUCGUACGCCGAUAUCUAUAGUAUGAAUUCGAAUGUUAAACGCGGUCCUUUCUAUGAAAUGUUUCAAAAUAAUUCGCACGAGUCCAUGAUUACGACUGUCAUCGACGUCGCUGAGCAUGCGCGGAGACGUAAAAUCGUCAAGCUUGCUUUUACAGACAAGUCCAUACGUGCGGCUUCAACGUUUGUUAUCAGCCAUGUCGAACGAUGGAUUCAGCUCAUGAUGAAAGAUAACGAUAGAACCACCGAAUGGUCCUCUCCGAUAGACUUCUCGGAGCCGGCCCAUGCUCUUACUUUCGACAUUAUGAGUGAGCUAAACUUUGGGGCAUCUUCUGACAUUAAGGAGCCGGGGGAGAAUCCUCUAAAACUCAUACCAUACUAUAUCGAUCAGUAUUUAAAAUUUCACUAUAAGAUGGCCCGUAUCCCUUUUCCUGGAUUUCUACUUUGGCUCAAGCCUCUUGGAUUCAAUUACUUUCUUGAUUUCCUCGCCCCACCAGCUGUUCAGAAGUUUUAUCAGUUCAUCAAUAAUAGCAUGACUGAUCGUAUUGCUCUGCAAAAAGAACAAGCAAAAGACCUUGAAGCCUAUAGGCGCCAGGAUACGUUCUACUUCUUAUACGAGGCUCGGGACCCUGACACGGGUGGUCCCGCUUAUAACGAUGCCGCGUUGCGAGGCGAAGCUGGUUUUUUCAUGAUUGCAGGAACUGAUACGACUGCUACUGCGCUCUGCAGCAUCAUGUUCUACCUUACCGGUGAUCCUCGGCGGUACCAGAAACUCGUAGAUGAGAUCCUGUCGACUUUUGAAUCGGCAGAGGAUAUCGUGUACGGUCCGAAACUACUGGGAUGCAAGUAUCUGAAGGCUUGCAUAGACGAAGGCAUGCGGCUUGGCCCCUCAGUGCCAAGCGAUCUUCCUCGGAGGGUACUUCCAGGCGGUCUUACAAUUAAAGGGGAAUACUAUCCUGAGGGAACUGUCGUGGGAAGUGUCCCUUGGGCCAUGAUGCGUAACCAGGAAGUCUAUGGGGAUCCUGAGGUAUUCAGACCUGAGCGUUGGAUCCUGGACGAAUCGACCGGCGUGACCCAAGAGGGCAUCGCACAGGCAAAAGCUUGUUUCCACCCCUUCCUCUCCGGAUCGUUCAGUUGUCUCGGGCAGAAUUUGGCCUUAGCAAUUAUCUUCGUCACAGUAGCCCGACUACUGUAUCAUUUGGAUAUGAGAAGAGUUCCCGGUUCCACCUUCGGAGGCGGAAGCCCUGAAAAGGGGUGGGGAGCAAGAAACAUAAACCAGCUACAGCUGGAAGAUAUUUCUGGUGCGGCCAGCCAAGGCCCAGAAGUGCAGUUCAAAAGGAGGGCAUUUGUUUCUUGAAGAAAUGCUUCUAAAGAUAGGAUUAACAAGUUUCUGCAAUUCGAAUGCGGAUGCGAAUAGAAGGAGAAGUAGAUUGAAAUGGAACUAACUAACGCAGACUCGUUCUUUUCGUCAACACUCAGGCAACAGAAAUUAUUACAGCAUUCCUUUUCUCGAAGUCGAACGAAGAGGAAAUUGAACGAUCAACGAGAUUCCCUCCCUUAGCCAAGUAUUGCAAUCUUUUUUCCUUUUGAGGAUUUUCAAGACAAAGCAGUAAUAUUAUAAGGACUGUCAAUGUAAUCUACAAAUAGUGUCGCUCAUUAUAUUAUUUAUUAUAAGUAUUUACAUGUUAAGUGUCUGUUAGAUCUUUCAGCUCAAGCGAAGAGUUAUGAAUCUAGGUUAGGCGUCUUAGAUCAAACCAGGUGCUUACGUCUACUUAACGCCUUCAGGUUGUCAGUCAAUACAGGCCAAGUUGUGAUGUUCAUUUUACCAGUACUCAAUAGAUAAAGAUAUAUAGCUUAAUUGAACCUCAGAUAAGGAGGUAGCUAAUACUUCCAGGAUGUGGCAGACUUACAUUUCG